CUUCGCGUCAUGUCCGUAGCUAGGGCGGCCGGCGCCGUCUUGCGCCCCACACAGCGGGCGGGAAUCUCCCUCGUGCAGCGCAGAGCCGCCUCAUCGCAUGCACAUGAGGACCACCACGAUGACCACCACCACGAGGAGUACCAUGAUUCGAACGUCUACGAGCCAGAAGUGUUCAAUACUCCUUUCUGGCGAAGAGUCGUCGUCGCCGGUGUUGGCAUUGUUGCCUUCUACAAGUUUGCUCCGGAACCCACUGAAGACACCCUCAUUGCGAAAUACAUCAAGAGCACCAUGACGCAGCCGGAGUUCUGGAAGGACACCGCAUUCAAGCAUCUAGUUCUAUCUGCGCAGGGCUCGGACGAGACCUUAUUGGUGGCGGAUGCUAAGCCGCCAGUUGUCCACCGUUACCGAUUCCCCCAACGAUUUGAGCAGUUUUCUCCUCACUCCAACCCGGUCGGAAUCAAACUCACUGUGGACGAUGUCGUUGUAAAGAGAGACUAGAGCUCGCAAAUACACUUCCUAGCUUUCCACGCGCC